AUGAGUGCACUUAAAAUAGAAGCUGAGGCUAUUAUUGAAUCAGAACCAUGUGUAAUAGCUUGGGAUAACAUGUUAUUUGUUGGAACAGAAUCUGGCUCUAUUAUUACGUUUGACGCAAACCUUAAGCCUGGGUCGAAAUGGCCGGCACAUGAGACGCAAGUUUUUGCUUUAACUGCAGCUAAAGGUAAUGUUUAUUCUUCGUCAAUCGAUGGUGGAGUCAGAGUUUGGACUGCGAGUGGCGAUAAAGUGACUGAAUAUCCACCCACUGGAGGCGACAUCGGUGCUUUACAUGUGCAUGAAAAUCAAUUAAUUGCCGGCGAUGAAAGUGGUAACGUUGUUUUUUAUGAAAAUAAUACAGAAAAGGCCAAAUACAACGUUCUGGAAGAAGUGAAAGACAUUGGUUUUAAACCACCAUAUAUGUUUACUGCGCGAGAUUUAUAUGUGACCGUCACAGAGAUUAAACCAGAUGAAUCUAAAAAUCGCUUUAUGACUCGGCAUACCAUGGAAGGUCGAGCACCACUGCGCGUGGCCGGUGCUCGGCUUGUUGUAACAGCCAGAGGUGGCAAUAACUUGCAGCUUCACGACUCCUCUAUUGACAAUAAGUUCAAAAAGUUGCACGAAGUUAAGGUAAGUGACAUGAUAUUAACAAGUUUAUCAGUAAAUGAAAACUUUGCUUGGACUGGUGGAUGGGACGGCUGUGUUCGGCGAUGGAAAAUUGAAGGUGACCAACUUCAAGCUGCAGGGGAAAUAAACCUUGGUGCUUGUAUAAACGCUCUUUAUGCUUCUUCUCCUUGUACUGCAUAUAUAUUGCUAGCUGGUGGAAAAGUAAUAUGUGUUAAGGUGACA